UCAAGCAACUUUUAUUCUUAUGUCAAACAAAAUUUUAAUUUUCCCUCCAUUCAAUCUAAGAAAUCGAUUUAUUAUCGAUAGGCGGAGACGUUGAUGUGGCAACCUUCCUAUUUUUAAAACAGCUGAUUGUAUUUUUCCGCGUUAAUUGGUUUGAUUUUAUAUUUUUUUAUUUUUUAAGUUUAUACCACAAGUUUAAAAUGAAAGUCCUCUGUGAGGUGCAAGUGAUGAACCGUGUGACCCAAGCGAAUCGUACGCCGCGGGCAGUUAAAUCCACUUUGGCCAUAGGCGACAAACAGAGCGCCCUGGAUUCAAAUGGGAAUACAAAAAAGGAACUGGAAAUGAUAUUAUUCACGCCACAAAUCAUUACUGGGCAGCGUUACAAGAUCAAGGAUAAUAUCCAGGCGGUUCACACGAAAUUCGUGGCGGACGGCAAAGCAAUAAUUGGAUUCAAGCAGCCGGCAGAAAAUCUAUUGAUUAAAUGUGAUCCCAUUCAGUUAAAGGAUUCCUGCAGACUCUCAAACUGGAUACCCGACGAAACCCUGCCCUGCCCCUGACGAAACUCGUACUUCUUGGGAAUUGUCAGGGAGAACUGAACGAUUGGUCAUUUCUAAAUGGCAUCAAAUUGAGUGAAUCUCUUUGUGAAUUGGAUUUAUCUGGUGGUUAAAUGCCAAAAGCUGGUUCAUUUGAAUCUAAAUCACAAUAAUCUAAAAUUUUUACCCUUUGCCAUGCGACGACUGAAGAAAUUGCACUCGCUUUAUGUAUCGGACAAUAAAUUGGAAUCUCUGCCAGCUGCCCUAGAAGACCUACACAUUAAUACCCUAGAUGUUUGUGGCAAUGCAUUUAAAGGACCCAAUCAUCUGGAUGUUCAACGUCUCGAGCUCACCACUGAGGCAAACACAAGGACCCAAUGCUCCCUCAGCCGCUCUGGCUGCAAGCAGCUCGUUCAGUCUCGAGGGCACCACUGAGGCAAACACAAGGACCCAAUGCUCCCCUCAGCCGCUCUGGCUGCAAGCAGCUCGUUCAGUCGACCAAUUUAAACUGCCUAUAUACUCACUACCUGCCAUACUGAUCAAACUGAUAGCCGAGACACCAAAAUGUGUUUGUGGCAAAUUUUGUUUUCUCAUGGACUCGCUGAAUAUCUAUAAACGUAUACGCUCUGCCAAAUUUGAAAGAAUCAAGAAUUAUAGCUACAGUCCAGAUCAGUUUAUAUAUGUUGAUAUUGUCAAGUGGCUACUGUAAGAAUGUUAAGUUGGAAUAUUUUAUUUAUUAUUUUAGUAUUACAAUUCUUAAUAAAGUCUGAUCUAAAUGAGAA